AUGGCGCUAUACGACAGAUUGAAGAUGUUCAUCUCUGUUGGGGCAACACGACAAAUUGAAGAUAUUCAUCCCUUUAAGGAGCUAACACUACUCAAAUUCUCCUCCCCUUCUUCCUCCACCUUCAAAAAAUCCUUCUCUGUCACGUGCCAAGCUCGUGGAGCCGUUGACGACAUGAAAGAAGUGACAGUGUCGAGUUGGAACAAUUUGGUGGUGAAGAAUCAAAAGGACGUGUUGGUGGAAUUUCGGGCACCAUGGUGUGGACCUUGUAAGAUUAUUGAGCCUGUGAUUAAGGAAUUAGCGGCCGAAGAUGUAGGGAUGAUUGUGUGUUUGAAGCUUAUUAUAGAUGUUAGCCCAAAUAUGGCCUCCAAAUAUGGGAUUAGAAUUCUCACGAUUUUGUUUUUCAGAAAUGGAGAGCAGAGAGAAAGUGUUAUCGGGGUUGUGCCUAAAUCUAUCUUGGUUGCUACCAAUGAUAAUUAUGUUGAGGUUUGA